AUGGUUAGCAUUAAUGCUUCAAUUGCUAUCCAGGCAGUUCUUCUUGUCCUGACCUUUGUCGUCCUUAUCUUCCGUGGCUGGGCGCGCAUCCUCUCCCACCAAUCCAUCUUUACACCGACCGAUCUUUUUGCCUGGGCAGGAUGGAUAUUUACACUGGGAUGGUUCAUUUGCUCGACAUUAGCCCUUCGAAUCCUCAUCGAUAACCCUGCAUACACAACCGAACUUCUCGUAGAUUCGGAGGAGUACCUCAAGAUCGUCUUUGUGGCACAAUAUUUCUUCGACAUUGGAAUCUACCUCCCCAAGAUCUCUAUCACACUGUUUUACUGGAAUUUGAUACCAAGGAUCUCGGGACGGCUAAAGAACGCGCUGCUGGUAGUUUCCGUCUAUCUGGGUUGCUGUCUUACUGCGACAGUUCUUACCGACACCUUCAUAUGUCAGCCCAUUACCGACAAUUGGUCUAUCCCGAAUCAACUAAAGUCGACAUGGAACUCAUACGCCGCCUUUGUAAUUCAAUGGGUCUUGAACUGGUCUACAGAUUUGGUCGCGUUUCUCUAUCCCUUCUUCCUUCUUAAGCACAUUACACUUCGCAAGGAGCAGAAACUCGCCCUUAUCGGCGUGUUCUCUCUGGGUGCCAUUACCCUGAUGGUUAGCCUUUCACGAUUUAUUGCAUAUAAUGCAACUGAUUUCGAACUCGAAGACGAAUCUGGCAAUAUCUUAUCCACCGCAGAGAUGACCACAGCUGUCAUAGUCGUUUGCCUCCCGGGCCUUCGAAGGUUCAUUUCACGUGGUAAAUCCCGUGAACAAUCGACAGGGCCAUCUAGUGACUACGCCCAAGGAACAGGGAACAAUGGAACACAGCGAACGCGGCACCCACCGUCAGCUUACCAAAAAUGGGGAGUGAGAGAUGAUGAGAUCGGAUUAGUUACUGAGAUUCGUGGUGGCAAUUCUACAGAGCUGACUGACGUUGAGCGUACCAGCGAUGGAAAGAGUGUGUUUGUGACACAUAGCAUAACAUCUAGUAUAUAG